AUGGGUGCGGUAGAGGACGCCAUAGAUGGAGCCAUCCAGUUCGUUGGGCCGUUCCUGGGUAAAGGAACAAUACCCCACCAAGAACCCAGCGAUGUUCCACGCCUUCUUCAAGAGUCGCUCGGCCAUCUACAAGCAAUAAAUUCGGCCGAACAAGCUGCUUCUCCGGACGAGCCGUAUGAUGCGUCCCUCGUAGGUAUUGUUUACGGCUUGCUCGAUCUGGUCACCUUCACUGGAAUCCUACCUCAUCUCUCCCGCGGCACCGUCUUCGCUCAGCGCCCGCAAUCCGUUCUAGUGGUGUCCAUACCAAUCCACCCUAGUCCUGACCGGAGACCUCUUGCUCAAGUGAUCGAUGUCUUGAUCCCGAUCCUUGAGCAAGAUGGUACGGGCGUGCAACCGCUCCUGAGCCAGCGAAUUUUUCCAGAUGUCUUAUCCGCGCUUGCAGAACUCUCCUUUUCACCACAACCGAGUGGAAAGUUACAUGCCAAAUAUGCACCAAUAUAUAAGAGGAUACUUACUAUCACACCUGUUUCCCGCUUACUGCCCGUCUUCACUUCUCUGCUUCAACAGGAAGUCCCACUGUGGUGGAAAUCGCAGCUUACAAAAGAGCUCACCAUGAUCCCCCUUCGUCCUCAUGGAGUUCGGCAUACCAUCGAGUUUCUUGCACUGUCAUACUUGUCCAAGAACUCUCAGGUGCCGCAAGACGCUUCAGGACCACAGUCGAGGCUGCCGCUACCCCUUGAGUCCAUCACGCAAGCCGCACGAUUACUAUCCUCUGUUCCUAUCGAGAUGAGUCAGGAUGAAUGGUUCAUACGGCUCGCACCCCAAUUAAGUGCUUUGCUGGAUGGAAAAGAAGGUAAAGAGCUUAGCCGCGCAGCUGGUCAGAUCAUCGCAGGAGGCAUACUGAACAAGAAAAGCACCGGUGCACCAAAGAUGAUUGGUUGGGACCUAUUUGCCACCCCAUUACUUGAGACAAUCUCUCCGAGUGCACACAGCUCGGAAGAAAGUGCAUCACAGACCAUUGUAGGUGAACAGGAUCUGCGUCGUGCUUUGAGUCGAUUGGCUACUUUGACUUCUUCAUACUCACACCGUGGUCUCUUGAAAAGACUCGUUAGCCCGAUUAUCUUACCUCUUUGGGGACUGAUCACUUACACAUCUUCACAUCCGUCCCUUGACAAGGGAUGGUCGAUGCUUCCUCGUGCAAUCAUCCUCCGGUAUCUCGCGCUCGCAUGCGAAGUACCACGAAUCGGUCGUCUUUCGAAGAAUCUCUUCUGGCAUGGUAAACCGUACUGGACGUUCGCGCCGGGUUCCCAAGGCGGUGUCGAGAUCCGAAAGCGAAUUCAGGCCAACGAUGACGUGGGGAACAUGGGAGAUCUACUUGCACGAAUGGCCAAUGUCGACCAAUAUGUCGGCCUCCUCGUUUCGUUGUUGGUGGAAGCCAACGUUGAAGACUCCACUGCGGGUGCGAUAUUCAUACAGUCCACCAGGCAAUGGCUGUCCCCAGGAUCACAAUCAGCGACGUCGUUGACAAACGAGCCUGACCUGGAUCCGCUUUCGGCCCUAAUAAACGCAAAGUUCUCGGAAGCACUGGCGACACAGUUCAAAGAGAAAUUUGCUCGCAGUCCCCAGCAUAUCAUUGAGCUCAUGGGCCAGCUUUUGCAGAACUUUGUCGCAGAGCAUCAGACAAGAACAAGGAAUCUAAAGAACAGAGACGAGCCUAGUCGAGCAAACUUGGGCAAGCUCGUGCAGCACGCGUCCGCAACUCAAGUGGAGGGGAAUGAUGGUGGCUCCGAGGAUAUUGUAUCGUUUGCCAUCAGCAUCACAAGCACCCUCAUCUCAUCGCCUGAUUUCAAACGAACGCCAGAGAUCGCCAAAGUCAUAGAUGCGAUGCUUCCUUCCCUACAAUACCUCUCUCAGGCCAACUACGAGGUUUCAAUACCGCCCUUAAUCAGUAACGCGGCGACAAACAUACUUCAGAUCAUCCAGCCUGCCACCGUACCGACGCCUGCAAUAGACCCACAAGUUCAGCAUCGCGCAAUUUUGAAGACCGCGCUUACAGACCUCACCUCUCCUGAGCCACCCAACCGUGUCUGGGCUCUAUCAACGAUACGCAAACUGAUCCAGGACCCUGUCGCAUUCCCCAUCAUCGACGUACCUUCCAUGACACACACGCUACUCUCCGCAUCCGUAGCAGACACCGAAUCCUACGUCUACACAGCCGCCAUUCCCGUCGUCGUCGACGUCGCAGUCCGCGCCCCCAACCCCACCGUCCGCAUCAUCGUCGAUGCCUUCGUUGACAUUGACGAGCGCUCGCUGCGGCUCAGGAAAGAGCAGGAAGUUGAAGAAGCGCUCAACUUCCGGCUCCGCCUCGGCGAAACACUAAAUAACUUUGUAUUAGAAGAUGCGUUUUGGCUUUCCAGCACAGCUGUAUCAGCGAAACAUGCGAGUCUGAAAUUGAUCGUUGAAGCAACUUUAUCGCUUGCUUCACGCCGCGGCCAGCGCAAGAAGACGCUAGCGAAGCGCAACGAGCUCUUUGAAGCAGAACGCGAACAGCAGGAAGAAGGCGAGGCUGCAUGGGGCGGUCCGAUUCCGAACCUGCUCGAUCCAGAUGCAGACAACCCUGCCGAACAAGCGGAGCGCAAUGCGCUGUUCAAGAUCGUGCAGGGCUGGGAAGACACAGGUAUAGAAGAGGAUGUAAGAAUUCGCGCUUCUGCGCUUAGUGUUCUCAGCAGUGUUCUGGAGAAGAGGCUUGAGUUGCUAAGUCAGGUCACGGUGGAUGCUGCGUUGCAGAUUGUCCUGCUUAUUGUUACCAUGGAGACUGCUGAGGCGAAGGGCAUCUUGAGGCGGGCCGCGGUGCUGGCCGUUAUGGGGCUAUUGAGGGGCAUGGAUGGGUUGCUUCAAGAUGGGAAGGAGAGCGUAGCUGGUUUGGGAGCUCGUCAGACGGAGGAGGUGGAGAGAGUAUUGCGGUGGGCAAGAGACGAGGAUGUAGAUGGGCUGGUCAGAGACCAUGCGACUAAUGUGGUCGAGGGCUUGGAGACAUGGCGUAUGAAGAAGUUGUACAGAAUUCGGGAUGAAGGGCUGAGACUUGGACCUGACCUCGGUUUUGAGGGAAACCUGCAAGGGCUGAACGUACAGCCUCUGUCGGGGCAACGGGACACGGGGAGGAAGGGACCAAUUGUAGAAGAGAUUGAGUAG